AUGGUGAAGAAAAUAUUGUGCGAAUACUGUAAUAUAACAUUUGCAGACAAUUUAUCAAGUAGAAAACUUCAUCUAAACAGCAACGCUCAUCACAAGAACAGAAGCAAUUACUAUUCAUUGUAUAAAGGUAUAUAAAACAUAAACAAAAAUUCAUGAAUGCAGACAUUGUAAGAGUUCAAGUAUUAUUAUAGACGCUGUAACAUUAUUUCUUGAGGAACGGCAAAAGCAACCUUGUCGACGAUUUAGGACUACUGGACAGUGCCAGUACGGUUCCAGUUGUAAUUUUUCUCAUUACACCUUUGAACAAUUGAUUCAUCUAAUCAACCAAGGUAAUAUUUAUUUUAGAUUUUCCUUAAUUUAUUGAUUUUAUAUUUAUUGUGAUAGCGCAUGGUUCUGCAAAUAACAAUUAGAUACAAUAAAUUACCUAAGCCUAUUUUCAAUAUAUGCGUACAUGCAUCUAUACUGUAUAAAUGUAUCGAAGUAGGCAAUAUGCAAUGAACCAAUAUAUAAUGUUAAAAAUAUUUAGUUUUUAAAUUUUAAAUUUAAAAAAAAUAUUUGUUGUAUAUCACUGUAGGUAUGUGAAUACGGGUAUGUUUACUCAUUUUAAUAUAACUUUUUAUAUAAUUUUACUAAUUAUUUAAAUAUAAUAUACUAGCUACAUAUUAAAUUUUAAAUAUUUUGUCAAUAAUUAUCCUUGUAAUUUUUUUUCAUCAUAAUAAAUAAUAUGAUAAGGUCCUCGUAUAGUAUACAAGUUAAAUAAAAAUUAUGAUACUUAUAACAGCGCUUUAUUAACAUCCAUUUAUUAAAUAUUAAUUAUCCAUCUUUUUUUAUACAUCUACUCUAAUUUCACCUUCCACAUCACCCUACCCAUCACCAUCAGAAAUCACCAUUUUUAAUCAACUCCACAUGCUCUCAUAUCUUCUCUAAUAACCUCUAGCCACUUUUUCUUUGGUUUUUCUUAGGCUUAUACCAAAAAUAUGUUUAAUAUUAUAGCACCUCCUAAGUAUUUAUUAUUAAGUUUUUGUUUUUCAUAAGUAAUAUAAUUAUGUCGGAUUAUUAAAUUUUAAAUUAUAUAUGAUUUACAAAGGUUGUGUUUUAUCAAUAAUCAAUAUUAAAUAAAAUUAAUAAUUACCAUUCAAAAAUUUUAUCAUCACCAUAAUAUAAAAUCUAGUAUUAAUUUAUUAUUGAAUUUAAUGUCAUACUGUCUAUACAUUUUUAAUACAUUACAUUUAAUUGUAGAUAAGUAUAUUAAUGAAUUCUAUCUAAUUUUGUAUAACAUAUUUAUAUACAUGUACACAAUAAAUAUCUACCAUUUUAUUUUGAACUUUCAUUUGUUUUUGUACAAUCAAAUAUGUUAUUAACAUAUUUUAAUCAUUGUUCUUAACUAUUAUCCAUGUUAAUGAUGUUGGUUAUAUUCCAUGAGUAAUGGUUAAUAAUUUUUAUUUUUAUUUUUUUCAUUUUUAUAAAACUAUUCUAAUUGAAAACUAAUGUGGAUGUAUAUAAUUAUUAUUUUAAUUUUAAAUUAUAAAAAAAGAGCUAAUACUGAGGAUGGGAACAGCCAGUUUGUAGGUGAGAAUUUGGGAAGGUAGGAUACAUAAGGUUAUUUCAUUUAUAUCUGUAAGCAACGAUAAACCAUUGCUUGACAAAAGAUGAUUCCGAGCGCAGUUUGGUAAUACAUAAUUUGAAAUGCUGUAAUUUUUUUUGCAAUUUUCAUUUAAAUUUGAUUUCAAAACUUUUAUUGAAAAAAAAAAAAGUCUUCUGAUAAUUUUGGAAAUUUUACCAUGUCUAAGUAUUAUUAACAAGUUUCAGUGUCUCUACAUGUAUGUAUAACCGAAUUAUGGCAAAAAACAACCAAAAAUUAAAAUUCCUCAAAAGCUCAAAAGUGGCUCAAAUGAUUUAGCGAUAAUACCGCAAGAACUUAAAUUAAUGAAACAACAAAUAAGGUACCUAGUAAUUUUUCAAUUUAAUCAUUUUUUCUGGUAGUAAAUUCCGUCCGUAUUUUUAUAAAAUAAUGAAACCGUGAUAUUGUAUGUUUUCCUACGUUAUUCCUACUUAAGUGCUUCUAUUUAAAAUAUGGCGUCGAAAAUCAAAAAUUUUCUGUUUACAGUACAAUUUGGUUUUCAGAAAAGUUGCUACACGUAAAAAUCAGAGCAAGUUUACUUAAAAAAACGUGCCCAUAGACUAGAACAAUGAAGAAAAAAAACAAUACAGCAUUUUAAAACCAAUAGCUCCUUCGCUACGCUCGGAAUCUAAAUUAUAUAAUGCAAAUUGAAUAUUGUUUACACAUUUAGUUGGUAUAAUGGUAUACAUUAAAGCCUAUAGCCUUAGCUUUUAUGAUAAAAUGUUUUCUUGAAUGCUUACAUAUUAAAGUUUUAUUCUACAUAAAAUGUAUUUAUGUAUUUUGUAUCUAUAAUGUAUAUAAAUAUUAAUUUAACAAAUAAUUAUUAUCAACACAUUAAAUAUUAGGUUAUGGUAUAAACUAGAGGUUUUUAAACUUUUUUUACAUACUACUUCUGUAUUAUAGUUUUGAAUGUACCAAUAAUGACUAAAAAUAGAACUAUUCGACUUUUCAAUACAUUUAUUUAAUAAUAAUAAGGCGGUAAAAUACUAUAAUAUAAUUAUUUUUAAAGUAUUUUUUAAUUGUUAAACAAAAUAUAAAAUUAUAUUUUAUUUGUUAAAAACGUUAGUUUGUUUAAAAAAACAUUAGUAAACUUAAUAUUCAUAUAUUCAUUUUCCAUACUGUCACUAUAUGGCCUUUUGAGAACUACUGGUAUGGAUGGCAUUGUAAUCGCUUAAAUUUAAAUAAAAUUAAUAGAUUUGUAUAGGUAAUAAUAAAUAUUUUGUAUUAAAUUAACCUCGACUUUAAUAUUUAAAAAUGUAAUAAUUAUUUUUAUAAAUUAAUGUAUUUUAAAUAUUAUUACUAAAUCACAUUUUUAAGCUUUUGAUGAAAAUUUAAACUCAUCGGUAUUUGUAUUUAUAUUUUUUCACCUAUAUUCAGCUUUUCCAGCUAUUCAAUUGUAGGCAUGAUAUCACAAAUCUGUUUAAAUAUGUUUAACUUCAAUGGUUUCUAACUUGAUUUCUAAUUUGUUAAAUGUUCACUCUAAAAAUUGAUUGAUUUACAACACAAUAACCUUCUAAAAAUCAUUGUAGUCCAUCAAUUAACUAAGUUGAUUAGCCAUUGAUGAAUGAUAACUAGGGAACAGAUUUUAUAGUAAAUACAUAUUUUUAUUAGAAUGAAAUAUUUUUUACUUGACAUGAAUGUGAACCUUUAGUUUUAGACCAUUCUGAUAGAAUUAAGUCUAUAUUUACUUUACACAUUUGAGAAUAACUACAUGGUUUCACAUAUUAAGGAUUAAAUACAUAUUUUGUAAAUAUUUUAGUAAUUUUUGUUUUAUUCCGAUUUUGAUGACUUUAAAAGUUAUUUGCUUUAUCUAUCUAUAUAGCAUUCACUCACCAAUAUGCCAUUAUUAAAUACUAUAAGUUUAUUGGAUAAGUGUGUAAUAAGAACCUAAAAUAACUAAAUUUUAUCUUAACUUUACUAAUCUUUAAUUUUAGAUAUAUAUGUCGGCAUGCUGCUAUAUCAUAUUGGCUGUCUGUAAAUAGGUAACUCUUCAGUAUAUUUCUGGACUCUAGAUACUGAUAACAUGAAAUUAUUUGUAUUAUAGCUGCUAUUUUCUUUUUCGUACAUAAAAUUUGUGUAGUUUUUCAUAUAAUCUUUUACAAUACCUAAAGUUGCAUGUUUAUUAAACAAUAAGGUAACUGCAUACUUAAAAAAAUUUUUGAAUGAAACAUUUCAAAUUGAUGGAAAAGUUGUAUACUAAAAAUGUUUUGAAAAAACGGUAUCAAUAAUUCAACAUAGUUUUCAUCAGGUGGCAAAAACAAUACAAUCAUAUUAUCCUGACAUUGAUCAAUUAAUAGUAACAGUUAAGUAAAUAUUGAAGUGUAUGUAUUUUGUAAUAUAAAGUAUCAAGUCAAGUUUUAAAAUUUAAAUAAUUAUACCUAGACCUCAAUCUGCCUUCAGACUAUUAUAUUGAGAUGGUUAGAAUUAGCUUAAUAUUGUUGUGAAUAUUUUGAACAAAUUAAGGAAAUAAUUUUAAAUCUAAAUACUGAAACUUUCACUGCUACUAAUAAAGAUAUUUAAUAUUUGACGGUACAUGGUAAUUUAAAAAAAAAAUUAACUUACAUUGUUGCAGAUUUUUAUUUUUGGUAUGUAUGAUAGAACAACUGAAAACCUGAAUUAUGCUUUUAUCAAAAAGUUUAUGCAUUGUUUUGUUGAAGAAGCAUAAAAUAAAUUAGAAAAAGCAUCAGGUCACAUAGGAAAAUGGGUUAUAUAAAUAUAUAUCUAAAAAAUCUUGGAUUUAAUAAUAUUAAAAUAGUUAUUAAUUAGGAAAAUACAUCUAGGACUAAAUCCCACAGAAUCUUUGGACAUCAAACUCACACUACUUAAUGUAGAACGCUCGUUCAGUCAGUACAAAAACAUUUUACAACCAAAUAGUAACAACCUCGCAACUUUACAUUUUUAAAUUUAAAAAAAUAUGUUAUUUCACAUUGUUUAAAGAAUUAAUAAAAUACAUACUUACACAUAGAUACUUUUUUUUUUGUUACAUUCAAAUUCGUUCCCUAAUGAUAACUAAUGAACCCUUGGGUUGAUUUGCUAUCAGAAUAUAAAAGGCAAUAGAUUGCAUACUAUAUUAAAACCUGUUACUAACUUUUAAUGUAUUUGUUUAUGUUAGUAGUAUUUUAUAUGUGUGCUUUAUUUAUUACUUAAAUGGUAAUACACAGUAUAUCAGUUUGAUAGACUAAUCAAAAGAAGGAUUUAUUAUAGGAAAGAUAGGUCGUGCUAAAAUAUAUACUUUGAUCUAGUUUUCAAAAUUUAAACUAAUUGAAUAGGCAUUAGACAAUUUGUUUUCUAUCAAAAAAAAAUUUCCAGGAUGUAGCCAUAACUUAAGUUUAAAUAAAAAAUUUUUUUUCGAUUAAAAAAAAAAAGAAAUUCCUAUAGUGAAAUAUAAUAAAAAUGUCAAAUGGUUUAAUUAAUUCACUAUAAUCCUUUUAGUAUAUUUAUAGAUUUUGAUAAGCAUCAGUUUUUAAAUUAUUUAUUAAUUUAGGAUUUUGUGGUUGACUGAAUUAGUGUAGAUAAACAACUCCCUUAUAUAUAAUCAAAUUUUGAAUUACUUAAAAAAAAAAAUAUUUAUUUAUGUUUUAUAUGUUUAUUUCAUAUUUCUUUUUUUAGAUUCUAAGCGAAGCAAGGAUAUAUUGGUUUUACAAUAAUAUAUAUAUUUUUUUUCAUCAGUAUCUGUGAACAACUUUUCUACCAGAAAUCUUGUUCCGAUUUUCAAUAUCUUUUCUGAAUUUUAUCCGGGUAUUUAGGGGUGGUCAAUUUUUGAUUUUCCAUGGGAUUUUCAUAGUAAUUAAGAAUAACCAAAAACAAAAGAUGAAAAAUGAAAAUUAAUAAAUUUAAAAAGUUAUGAUUUCAUUAUUUUAAAUUUGUAUGCAUUAUGUUUCUAUUAAAAAUAUUACUCCAAUACAAAAAAAAUGACUCAAGAUCAAUUUUUAAAUUAGUUGGUUAUUAAUAAAGUCUUUUUUUGAUUUUCUAUUUAGAUUUUUUAAUUGAGCCAAACCAAAAACAAACUUAGAAAUAACAGGACAAUUUACAAAAAUAAUGCUUUUAUUUUUUUGUUGUAAUUCAGUUUAAAAUAUUCUUAGAGACCUGAAAGUACUAUUAAAUACUUUUAAAAUAAGGUACUUUAUAUGCAAUUCAAAGAAAUGACAUACUAUGUUCACACGACUAAAUAAUAAAUUAUAUUAUAUACUUAGUUGUUAAUUAAAAUAAGUACAUUUAAGUAGAAUAUUUUUUGUGUAUUCAAUUUGAGAAAAAUGAGAGCUUUGUGCAGAGGUGUCUCCAGACCUCGGCUAUGAGGAGGCGAAAUAAUUAAAUUUACUAUUAAUGAUUGGUAAGAAAAAGACUGACAUACUUUAUACAGUGGGUGGACCACUGUUGUAGAUAAGAAGUUAAGAAAGUAGUAUAUAGAGGGAAAUUUAAUGUAUAUCUGUAAGCAAAAAUUAAUCAUUGUUAACAAACCGAUUUUGAGAGGCGCUCGGUUAAUAGUAUUGCUUUUUCAACAAUAUAUAUAUCAUAUUAUAUUAUAAUAAAUAUUAGAUUAAAACUAUUUAUGUAGACCAGUAACUAAAUUUGUUCCACAUAAUAUUUUACUAAAACAAUAUUUGUCAAAAUUUGAUAUUAAAAUUCUUAUGAAAAAAAUAUACUACACUAAAUUAAAUUUAUUUGCUUUGAACACAAAGUAAGAUUUAUAGUAAACCUUCUGUUUAAUUUUCAAUUUGUCUGUUUUGUCUGACAAUUUUAUCCACAGAAAAUCUACCAAAUAAAAAUAACUUAAAUAUAACUCAAAUGUUUUUACAGUUUUGCCACGUAAAAAAUCAAAUAUAAGUUUUCUACCCAAAUUUCAAGUAUAUACAAAUAUUUUUACUGAAUUACCAUACAAAUAACACAAUUAAAAAUAAUUAAUAAAAGCAUUAUUUUUGUAAAAUUUUUCGUUUUUCUUACGAUUUCUUCCUGAUUUUCCCAUAUAUUAAAAAAAACCUCUUGGAAAAUCAAAAAAUAAUCUCCUUAAGUACCAUCUAUACAAUAUUUCCUUAAUAUGUCAAAUAAUAUAUUGAUUAUAUAUCUAUUACAUCUGAACCAAUGACUAUGUCAAAUGCUAAUGUAAGUUCACUUCUCUUGGGGGGGUCUCCCUCAUUGUUCACCCAUCAGGGAUUGAUUUGGUGGCUUAUUUUUUGUUUUCUAUACUGUAUUAAAAUUUACUGUCAUUUAAUGUAUUUUUUUCAUAUAAGUUUAUACUAAACAAAUAAUAAUUGCUUUGAUCUAAUAGCUAUUAAACAUUUUAAUGUUUCAGAAAACGAAAAAAAUAAUUGUAAACAAGUGGAAAAAAUUAAUGCAAUUCCAUCAAUUGAUUCUUGGUUAGUUAAAUAUCAACAAAAUUUGUAUAUUAAAACUACAGGAAGUGAAACUAAUACCAAAAAUAUUCAAUUAAAUCAUCUAUUUAAAAACUUACCAUCUUUAAUGCCAAUAGUUGAUGCCGAUCGUCUAAAGAAUAUUACACUUAACACUUGGUCGUGA